AUGCAAGGAGUCGUCGGCUCAGCUCGCAGCGUGCGGCGCCAGAAUGGGCCCCAAACGCAAGGCGAAGACGACGACAGCAACAACGGCGACAGCAGCAACAACGACAACGACGACAACAACAACAACACCAACAACAGCGACGGCUUGCAAGGCACUGGUCUUCAGGGUUCCAAGACAUCUCGCCUUGCUCCUUCAGUACCAUUCCAAAUGACAACGCGUCGCGGUGCAAAAGGCACUUCGAACCACACGAGCUCGGCGGGCCCGUCUAGCGCGAGCUCUGGCAGCCGCCGCAAUUCGCUGGAUGAGAACGCGCAAAACGACGAGGCGCCCGGCGAGCAUGAGGAUGCGCGACCAGCCAAGCGCAGCCGAACAUUGUCCGCUUCUGGUUCGCCGCAGAGAUGUAAUGGCUCGCGCGACGCCAGCACCCACGACGACAACAGCAACAACACGCACGACAACAGCAGCAGCAUCACGCCCAUGAAUGGCACCCACACGCCCGAGCUGCACAAGCCCGCGCCCGCUGCGACGUCGACGGCGCCCAGGACGGCGGGCAAAAAGAGGCGCGCAUCCGACGGCUCCACCCACUCGACCAAAACACGCCCCAACGGUCUUCUGACCCGUACCCAGAGCGAUGUUUCUGACCAGCAGCCGCGCAAGAAGCGCAGGACCAAGGACAGCGCCGCCGACACGCCCGCCGACCAGCUGCCCGAACUGACUGAUGCCAGCACCGCGCCCAAUUCGCCAGAGCACAUGCCCGACGUUGACGGCAGUCAAAGCCUGCACAACGUGUUGCCAGCCAGUGGCGAUGCCCCUGCAAAGUCCGGCAGGCGCUUGCCUGGCCGUCGGCGCCAACCGCAUCCGGACAUCAAUGUGGAGACCGACUUACGUCGCCAGCUCAACCUCAAGAUGAGCUAUCGCAGCCUGGCAAAGGUCCAGAAGCUGCUGCUCGAGGAGCUGGCCGCCCGCACCACCAAAAGCCUGGAGCACGAUGCCAACUUCCACCGCCAAUGUCCCGAGUACCACGCCGUCAUGGCCCAGCUCGACCAGCGCCGCGACGCCCGCCUCAAUCAAGUCAAUGCUCUGCGCACCUAUCGCCUCGAGCAGAUGGAGCGCGUGCGCCUUGCUGAAGAGCACAUCCAAAAAGAGCAGUACAUCAACAGAUUCCGCGAGCUGCAGGACGACUUUGUCCUGCAAAUCUACUUCCGCGCCAAGAAACUCGAGCGCGAGAUGAAGGGCCACGAUGCUAAUGCCACCGACGACGAGGAUAAUGUCCUGCCGCCUACCUACAGCGACGAGCCCCACCACGCACAGGAUGACCGCAUCGGCUCCAAGUUUGCCUCUCGCAGCAGAGCCUACGUCGAGGCCGACCGCGAGCUGGAGCAUGAGUCGAUACGCAAGCGAUUCAGUCAGGCCAGAGCUGCCUUUGUUGAGAAAGACGAAGAAGCCGAUGAUUCAAUUGACGAUGUUGCCGGUGGAUUUGCGAGAUUUGACGGUCCAGACCGCACAGAAGCCAUUGCCCACUACAACAUCAACCGCCUUGCUGAUGCUGCCCACGAAGUUGAGAGGACGCCUUCGCCGCAGCCAGAACCUCCAAAGCCUGAAGUGAUUCCCAACGAGCACGCUGACCUGCUCAUGAUCCUUGCAGAUGUAUCUUCAAAUCAACCCCGUAGCGUCACUGUGCCGAAGCCACCACUUCAUUACCCGCACCCACAGCAGCAGCCACCGCCGCCGCCGCCACGAGCCAAGACUCCCGUCAUCAAGCAGGAGCACCCAAGGGAGAAGUCGCCCGAAUAUGCCCAACCGGCAAUGCCGUCAGAUGUUCCUUCUCAAACUGCACGUGAUAGUCCUGCCGAGAGCACACGGCCUGCAGUAGAUGUUACCCACGAGCCUCCUCGUUCUGAGCCACAGGCACCCGCACCCGCAAAGGAGCCAGAGGCGCCAGCAAAGUCGACGCCAAGGUUAUCGACGCAUAGGAUCAUGGAUAUACUCAACGACGACUGUGAAGUGCCCGUCUCAAGAACACGAGAGCAACAACCGCCACCUCAAGAAAAGAUCACCAUGCCAACGCAGGACCCUUCGAUACAUCGCCGCACAUCGUCUCGAAGCGAUGCACUACGUGUGGAUGACAUGGUAAACAAAGAAGAACCCCCUGUUGACCAGGCCCUAAUGGAUGCAUUGAGUGGGCCUCAACCACCCAGCAACCCGCCUUCCUCGCCACCGUCAAAUCCCCAGCCCUGGCCAAGAUCCAAUGUCCCGCCACCAACCCGAGAACCAGAAGAGUCGCUGCGCCGUCGAGACCCUCUGCAGAAGAUUAGAGAACUCUUGGACAAGAAGGCGCGCGAACAUGGCCGAGACCCGUCGGACCGUCCCAGCUACGGUCGGCCUCCUGUAUUCACCAAUAAGCCAAACCCUCAACCCCCGAGUGGACACGACAGAGCUGAGGUGGCGGCCUAUGAUCCAACGCGACCAUCUACGGGACUAUAUGGUUCGCUGCCUGGUGGCUCGUAUGGAUAUGCCUCUCGUCGGGAGUCUCACGAACAAUCAGCUCAUCACUGGGAGCAUGACCGGCGGAUGAGUGGUUCUCAAGCACCCCAAAGCUCGACAGCGUCUCCAUAUCAAAGCCAUGCUGCGCACCCCCAUUAUGGCGAACACCAUAGGUCAGGACCCACGCCACCAACACAUCAGAGUCCGUACGCUCCACCUGCUAGUACAUUGCCACUCCCGGCAAAGCCACCUGGACCUCCUCCGCCUAUUAACUACCGCUUCGCACACUACGACCCUGCUCCACCACGGACGUAUCCACAGUCACCGAAUUAUCCACCCACUUCGCAUCCACCGCAAAGCACAUCUCAACCCCAAUACACGAAUCCGUAUGGCAGUGCACCACCCUACCAAAGCGGCUACAUCCCUCCCCCAGGGUCAUUUCAAGCACCACCUCCCCCUCCCUCCAGCAUGCCCCCAUACCAGCCACUCAAGAUCCACCAAUACGGAGGCCAACCCAUUCUUCCUGCCAACAUGGCACCACCCCCGCCACAACAACACACGGGACCACCGCCCACUCUACCUUUUAUCAGCCAAGCUCCUCCACCUCCAUCUCUGCAUGCCUCGUCGCAAGCGCAGGGUCCACAACAAGCAUACUCGCCGACACAUCCUCACCCAUCCCCUUUGCAAUACGAGCAACAGCAGCUGGAAGGACCAUCACAAAACGGCAGUACAGAGCGUUCUUCAGACUCACAGUCUAGGCCCAGACGACCAUACAGAAGCUACCACGCUCCUGGCACACAGUUCCGAAGCUAUCAGGGUCCUGGCGAACAACGGAGAAGAGGUGGAUGA